UAACAUUUGUAUGUAGAAGUACAGUACAUUUGUAUGUAGAAGUACAGUAUACAGAGAUAAGAAUUUACAAUAUAGUGUGUGCAUCAGUAAUUUCUAACAGAGCCUUAAAACAGAAACACAAUCUUUCCAUAACCUAUGAUUAGCAAGAUAUUAAUCAGCAGUAAUAAUUGCCACAAAAGCUGGUUACAAACAAUCCAAGGAAACAGGAUGUGAAGCUAGACAACCUGUUAGACCAGAAAUUCUCAGAAGGGAGUAUGCCUUAACCCUAAAGAGGCCUACAAGAGCCAUGGCAAGAUGAGGGUGUUUAUAGCCCUAUCUUAUCCAUAUGGACAGGCACCCCCCCCAUGCGUCCGUUUAUAGGCUCUCCACAAGGGUCGCAUUCCAUUCCCAGAGCUAUGAACAUCUGCUUUUCUGGGAUGGGAAUCUUGGUGAUGUGAAACCUCCCUGACUGCACAUCCAUUCAUAGGCUCUGUGCAGGGGGAAGCACAUCACGUGCUGUUGGCUCAUUCUGGCAAUCCAACCUGGCAUUGUCUUUACACAAUCCUGCAUGCAAUUUUGGAUUUACAAUAAUCAGGAGCAUUUCAUCUUUUAUUCCAUAGCAAUAGUUUCAGUGGGUCUCCCUACAUCUCCCCCUUUUCUCUGAUUUAAAUGAACCAUAGCAAUCAUAGCUUGGCACUGAUCACGAUUGGACUGCAGAAUAUUUUUUCCAAUUUUACACAUGAACAAUAAACCAAUAGCACAAAUUAUAUACAGAACAAAAUUAAUGAUAGUGGAUCCUCCCAAAGAUUUUACCCAUUGAAUGGGGUUGAGAUUAGAUAAUCCCUCUGAGAUACUGUCUAAAACUUCAGCACCGGGUAAAGCAGUUAAGUGCUUGAGAGGCCUCAAAAAUCUGUUCUUUUAGCUUGCUUAUGUCUAAACUUAAAUUAUCUUCACUUCCUUGUAAAUAGCAUUUUACUGAUUCUCAAUUGUGAACUGACUCAUUAUAUUGAAACAGAGUUAUACAAAAAUCAGGAGUAUUCCAAUCACAUUGCAUUUGUAAUCUAUGUUCUAAACUCAUAAUUCUAUCUCCCAUCUGUAUAACAGUUUGUCUUAGAUCAUUAAUUUGAUUAGCCAAUUUUUGAUCAAUACCUGACUCAGAAUUCCACAUCCAAGUAGAAUUUUUUUGCCAUUUAUCCACAAAAUGAACAGUUUGAAUAGAUUGAUGUAAUGCAACUCCAGCAGUAGUGGCAGUUGCAGUAACAGCAAUCAAGCCCAUUAUUAUUGCAAUUAAUGUAAAAAUAAAUCAUUUACUCCUUUUAAGGAUUUUCUGUAGAAUAUUGUUAAUAACAUGGAUAGAGGGGGAAGAUUCCCAAGGCCUAUGUAAGGCUACGGGGAGCCAAAUACCUUCUCUGGCUCUGACUAUUAAAAUACUAUGAUAUUGAAUAAAGGGUAAGUCAAUACAAGUAUACAAGUAACAGUUAACACAGGUAAUUAUGUUGGUUUCUGAACUAAUAUGCAUCUUUCUUACUAAUAACAUAUAUGGUGAUUUAACACAACUUUUAAGUGGUAUAGUUUUGUUGGACUCCAUAUAGAUAGUAUAUAUAUUUUGAGGUGACAAGGUGGAUUUACUUAUAACACUUUCUCCAGCCCAAACUCUCAUACCAGUCAUAGCUAUUGUUAAUCUCCAUAAUUCUGAAUGUUCAGGUCCUAAGUGGGGAACAAUGAGCCUUGGAUUUGGAGGGGCAACCCCUGCCCCUUUCCACUUAAAAGGAAAAAAGGAAUUAAAUCUACAAUAUAAUAGGGGAGGGUUGUCACUACUUUUUUGGUAAGUAAUAUCAUAGAGAAAAUGUUGACAAUUUCUGUGACCUUGAGAGCAAUCAUUAGUAAUAUGACCAUUGGGAGCCCAAUCAACAAUGGUGUAGUGAGAAGAAUUAAAAAACACAGUUCCUUCUGAACUAACACAAUCCUUCCAUAUUAAUUUGUCAGCAUUUGAAGACAAGUUGAGAGGACACACAGGUCCUAAAUGCUUAUAUUGGGAUGUGUGAAUAUAAUCAGUGAUUCCUGUUUUGAUCUGCCUUAGAGGUUUUAAUGAGAGCCCUGAUACCAAGUGUUCUAAAGGAGGGACAGAGUGACCAGAUGGUAGUGUGACAGCUCAAGUUUGAAUAUCUAAUGAGAGACAUCCAUUAGUGGGUCCCAGACACAAAGGUGGAUACCUAAAACCUAAAGUGAUAUUGAAAUGGGGUUCCUUCUUUUGAAGGUUAGGCAGGACAACGAUCACCUACAGAACCAGGCAUCCAAAUACUAUCAUUAUCAUAGACCUCGAUAGGAGUGUCCAUCCAUGUCAUGGCUUGAAUAAGAGGAGGAAAAGGAAUAUAGGCCCAAUAUGUAUAGUUUUUAACAAUCUGUGGAGUGACAGAGGGUAGAAGGAUCAGUGUUAUCAGGAGGAGGCAGAGGUUGAGCCAGACCUGGAUCACUGGAGACAAGUUGUUCAGGAUGUCUGACUGGAUUGUCUGUUGUAAAGGAGUUAGCGUGGUCAUUUUCUUCUUUUUGAUGAUUGAAUGUUUUCGUUGUUUUCUGCUGUGGUGCUUUUUCUGCAAAUUUCUCUGUCUCGUUGUUGCAUGCAUUUUCAGGACACAAUUUCAGGUGUCUAGCAGGAAUCCAAACAGGAGAUUGAUGUUCACAUGGGGAAACAAAGCAUAGCCUCUUCCCCAUGUUAAAAUAGAAACUUUUGACCAUAUAUUAGAUUGAACAUCUUUCCACCAUACUUUUCUUCCUUGGUUUACCAUAGGAUGGUUACCAGAGAAAUGUUUUUCGGCAGCAGUAACAGAACUAGAUUUAGGAAUAUUAAGAAAAUUUAACGUGAGCAAUGCCCAGUUUAGUUGUAUGUGAGGGGUAGACAACUCCUUAUCCCCCUCUUUUUGUUUAAGUAAUUGUAAAGUUCUGUUACUUCUUUAUACAAUAGCUUGGCCUUGUGGGUUAUAAGGAAUACCAGUAAUAUGUUUAAUAUGCUACUGAUCAAGAAAAUUUUUAAAAGAUUUACUGCAAUAGGCUGGAUCAUUUUCUGUUUUGAGCUCACUAGGAAUUCCCAUAACCACAAAACAUGAAAACAGGUUUUUUAACAUGAGAAGUGGCUUCUCCGGUUUGACAGGUAGCCCAGAUGAAAUUGGAAAAUGUGUCAACUGUGACAUGUACAUAAGCUAAUUUUCCAAAAGAAGGAACAUGACUAACAUCCAUUUGCCAGGUAACAUUAGGAUAAAGGCUUCGGGGACUAACUCUGGGAGAUUGUGUGGGUAAGACAAGAGCCUGACAUUGAGAACAGUGUUGUACAAUUUGUUUAGCUUGUUUCCAACUGAGAAAAUAUUUAUGUUUAAGACCUGAGGCAUUAGUAUGAGUGAUUUGAUGAAAUUGUUCUGCAUCUGUAAUGGCUAGAGAAACUAGAGUAUCAACUUUAUGAUUACCACUGGAUAAAGGUCCAGGCAAGUUAGUAUGAGAACAAAUGUGAGUGAUGAAUAAAGGGUGGUUUCAGUUCCUGACAGUUUUCUGUAACAAAGAGAACAAGGAAAACAGAUUAGUGUCAGCAAUAUUUUUGAUGGUAGCUGUUUCUAUUGCCUUAGUGGCAUGGACUACAUAUGCUGAGUCAGAAACAAUAUUAAGAAGCUGAAUAAAAUCCUGUAAUGCAGAGAUAACAGCAAACAACUUGGCUUUUUGAGCAGAAGUGUAUGGAGUGGAAAUGACUUUAUAUUUUGGUCCUACACACCCUGCAUUUCCAUUACUGGAUCCAUCAGUAAAAAUGGUAAUGGCUGUCUCUAAUGGUGAUGAAUGAGUAAGUUUUGGUAGAAUCCAGGAAGUAUUUCAUAGAAAUUGAAAGAAUUUUGACUUAGGCAAAUGAUUAUCAAUAGUGCCAAUGAAGUCAGCCAGAUUAGUCUGCCAGCACAAAGAUGUAGAAAAGGCAUUUUUAACUUCAUUUUUUGACAAAGGGUCCACAAUAAUAUUUGGAUCAAAGCCAGAAAUUUUAGUGAUACGUUGACGUCCUAACUCAAUCAAAGUGGCCAUUUGAUCAAGAUAUAUUGAAGGAGUUUUAGAGGCUGAAUUAGGAAGAAAUACCCAUUCAACUAGAGAAUCAUUUUGUACUAUAAGUCCCACAGGAGAGUGGAUGGAAGGAAAAACUAAAAAUUGUAAAGGCAAAUUUGGGUCAAUACGAGACACUUGUGCCUAUCUCACUCUUUGUUUUACAAAAGACAACUCUUGUUUUGCUGGCUCAGAUAGACAGCGAGGACUGUUUAAAUCUGUAUCUCCUGAUAAAGUGGCAAAUAGAUAAGAUAAUGCAUAAUUAGGGAUGCCUAGGGUUGGUCUGAGAUAAUUGAUGUCACCUAGUAAUUUUUGAAAAUCAUUUAAGGUGUUUAAAUCAUCAGUAUGAAGUUAGACUUUUUGGGGCUUAAUGGAGUGAGCUUUUAGCUGCAUUCCUAAGUAUAGAAAAGGAGUGGCUUGUUGAAUUUUGUCAGGAGCAAUGUAGAGGCCUGCAUUGGCAACAGGUAAUUUUAAAGAGGUAAAACAUUGAAUUAAUUCAUCUUUAGUGGGGGGCAGCAAUCAGUAUAUCAUCCAUAUAAUGAAGAAUGUAAUUAUUUUUAAAAGUCUGUUGGAUAGGUUGUGACACAGUACCGACAAACAACUAACAAAUAGUAGGACUGUUAAUCAUUCCUUGAGGUAAAACUUUCUAUUGAUAUCUAGCUGCAGGAGCUGAAUUGUUAAUGGAAGGUAUAGUGAAAACAAAUUUUUCACAGUCUGACUUGUCUAAAGGCAUAUGAAAAAAGCAGUCUUUAAGGUCAAUGAUAAUUAAAGGCCAUUCCUUAGGAAUCAUGGAGAGGGAGGGUGUACUGGGUUGUAACACCCCCAUAGGUUUAAUGACUGCAUUAACAGCUCUUAAGUCUGUUACCGUCCUCCAUUUUCCUGACUUUUUUUGUACAACAAACACAGGGAGUUCCAUGGAGACAAGGAGGGCUCAAUAGUGUUUGCUUGUAGUAAAUCAUUAACAAUUUCAAUUAAAGCCUCCAACUUGUAUUUGGAAAGCGGCCACUACUCUACACAAACAGGUGACUCACACAUCUAUUGUGAAGGGCAGAGGAAAAGAGAGAAAGAGACUGAGGGCACUAGGACACAGACUGGGGGGAAGCAGGAUUCCAAACCUCUGAAAGAAGGGGUCCUGGAGUGUUGAAAGAAACAGUAGGCUUAGAAGAGGGGAGAGGUCCAAAAGGACAAGAGGAAUGAGAAACAGGCCAUUCAGAUGAAUGCCACACAUCCUCCCCUGGCAGAGGGGACAAUGGCUUAGUAAAAGAAGAGUUAACAUAUACAGGUUCCAAGAUAGGAGGCAGAGGGAGGGGAUCAUCACCAGGUUCCUCCUCUUGGGGAGAAAACAAGGAGAGAUCAAAUUCUUCUUCAUCAUCAGAAGGAGGACUAGUAGGGGGGUCAGCUACCUGAGGUAAUGGGGGUGGUUCACCAUCCACGUUAACUUCUGGCAGUUGAAGAGGAUCACCAGAAUGAAAAGGAAGUAAAGCAACAUGAAUAAGAGCCCAGUGAGUCCAAACAGAAAUAGGAAGUAAAACACCAUCUCUCAUGAGUUGGUGGAGUGUGGCACCAACUCUAUCCCAGUCUAACAGGUCCAUAGAACCUUUGUCAGUGAACCAAGGUCAAUGUUUUUCAAUAGUCUGACAUAAGAGAAUCAGGUUAUUGGAAUCAGCCUUGAUUCCACCCUGUUUAAGAAGAAGUUUAAUAAAAGACAGAUAAGCCUGGUGUUUAAACUGUGAUUGUCCCAUAAUAACUCUGGAAUAUUACUGGUCAACAAACCUGAAAAGAGGGGAGAGUUGGAAAAGUGUACCUGGAGACCUUACCAUCAAGACUGAAGACUAGUCAUCGUGAACCGCACUUGGAGUGCACUGAGCCAAGGAAUAAAGAAGGCCACGUUGGGUGCCAGAUAUUGCGGGAUCUGGCCAGCAGCCUGCAAUGCAACGGGGCUCUCUCUUUGUUCCCAGGCAGAUCGGCAGGUUGAGAAAUAAUAGACACACACAAGAGAGUGAAAGCUGGGUCCAGGGGGGUCACUGCCUUCUGGUCCCAUGGUGCUAACAAUGCACUGGAUAUACCAGCAUUUAUUAUUAAGUUUAGUGAGGGCGGGGGCAGGUUAGUGAGGGAUUUAGGGUCAUUUGAUUAUGAGGUGAGAUGGUCACAUGGGAUGAAGUAAUUCUUUAAUAUAACAUUUGUUUGUAGAAGUACAGUAUACAGAGACAAGAAUUUGCAAUAUAGUGUGUGCAUCAGUAAUUUCUAACAGAGCCUUAAAACAGAAACACAAUCUUUCCAUAACCUAUGAUUAGCAAGAUAUUAAUCAGCAGUAACAAUUGCCACAAAAGCUGGUUACAAACAAUCCAAGGAAACAGGAUGUGAAGCUAGACAACCUGUUAGACCAGAAAUUCUCAGAAGGGAGUAUGCCUUAACCCUAAAGAGGCCUACAAGAGCCAUGGCAAGAUGAGGGUGUUUAUAGCCCUAUCUUAUCCAUAUGGACAGGCACCCCCCAUGCGUCCAUUUAUAGGCUCUCCACAAGGGUCACAUUCUAUUCCCAGAGCUAUGAACAUCUGCUUUUCUGGGAUGGGAAUCUUGGUGACAUGAAACCUCCCUGACUGCACGUCCAUUCAUAGGCUCUCUGCAGGGGGAAGCACAUCACGUGCUGUUGGCUCAUUCUGGCAAUCCAACCUGGCAUUGUCUUUACACAAUCCUGUAUGCAAUUUUGUAUUUAUGAUAAUCAGCAGCAUUUCAUCUUUUAUUCCAUAGCAAUAGUUUCAGUGGGUCUCCCUAUGGAAAUGAUUGUUUUAUCUCAAUGUUUACUAAUUCUUUCUGAUCCUCAGUCAUGCUUGUUGGCUCAUUGUUUUGCUGAGUGUUAUGACAGAUUGUAAGAAGGGGAUGGAGGUGUAUAAUCUGAAGGAAUUUGUGUGUCACUGUGGAGAUAAUUCAUUUGUUAUUAUAUUUUACAUAGUGCUGCAACAUAUUCAGUGCAGACUGCAACUAUAAAUAGAGGAGGACUAAGGCCAGAAGAGCCCAUUGUAAAGCUGUAGAAGAUCAGGUUAGUCAUGUUUCAGUGAUGCUGAUAAGUCCAUGUGACUGGAUGCCAUUGCAAGACAAUAUCUAUAUAGAGGAGAAGAGGCCUGAGGCCUGGGAGUACUGCAGGAUUCUAGUCUUCCUUAAUCCUUCAUGCAUUUUUCUCAGAACAUCAAAGGAGAUGGUACUUAGCUGAAGCUGGCAUGUAUUUAAUGGUUUAGCACUUAGUGACCUUUGAGGAUGUGGCUGUGGACUUUACCCAGGAGGAGUGGACUUUGUUGGAUCAAACCCAGAGAGAUCUCUACAGAGAUGUGAUGUUGGAGAACUACAAGAAUCUCAUUAUACUAGGUAAAACUGGCAUCAUUUCUUCACUGACCCCUUUAGGAAAUCAAUGUUUCUUAAAUGUUUGCUGUCAAAUGGAGGUACUGUAAUAAGCAAGACAGGCAUGGACCUUGGCCAGUGGACAUUCCUUUUUUUUUUUUUUUUUUAGAGACAGAGUCUGGCUCUAUUGCCCAGGCUGAAGUGCAGUGGCAUGAUCUCUGCUUACUGCAAAGACCCCCUCCUGGAUUCGUGAUUCUCCUGCCUCAGCCUCCCAAGUAGCUGGGAUUACAGGUGUGCACCACCAUGGCCAGCUAAUUUUUGUAUUUUUAGUGGAGAUGGAGUUUCACCAUGUUGGCCAGGCUGGUCUCAAACUCUGACCUCAGGUGAUCCACCUGCUUUGCCCUCCCAAAGUGCUAGGAUUACAGGUGUGAGCCACCGUGCAUGGCCUGGGCAUUACUUUAUAGAAGAAGCUUGUAAACUUUCUUAAAGCAUUAUGAGAUUUAUACACAGACCUGUUUUUUUGUUUAUUUUUUGUAGCUCAUCAGCGAUUAAUGAUUGCUGUUAGUGUUAGUGUAUUUUAUAUGUGGUCCAAGGCCAUUCUUCUUCCAGUGUGGCCCAGGGAAGCCAAAAAAUUGGACACCCCUGGUGUAGAGGAUUCCCCAUGAAAAUAAAUAUUUAAGUAAAUGAGUUUAUUUCAUGUAUGGAUUAAAAACUUUAAGACUUUAAAUGUGUAUGAAGUUGGACUAGGUUUUCCAGGCUCAAGCAAUUCUUCUGCCUCAACCUUCUGAGUAGCUGGGACCACAGACCCGUGCCAGCAUGCCCUGCUAAUUUUUGUAUUUUUAGUAGAAAGGAAAUUUCACCACAUUGGCCAGGCUUGUCUUGAACUCCUAACCUCAAGUGAUCUGCCUGCCUUGGCUUCCCAAAGUGCUGAGGUAUGAGGCAUGAGCCAUUAUACCCAGGCAACAUUUUUGUUAUUUUAAAAAUAGUUUUAGUGCACGUAUUGGAAAUGUUAUAUGAUUAGUUUGCUGUUUGUAAAGUUACCCUUGACCGUCUUCAGAAUCCCCGAAGACAAAAGUAUUGGUUCCCCAUUCAAGGACUUGGUGUUAUGUCUUGCAUGGGCCUCUUCUUUUGUGCAUUUUUCCCUCCAGCAGGGUCUGAAUUAUGCAAACCCAGUCUCAUGUCUGGAUUGGAACAAAUGGAAGAGCUGAGGACAGGAGUGACAAGAGUUCUGCAGGAGAUGGGAUUUCACUAUGUUGCCCAGGCUGCUCUCGAACUCCUGACCUUGUGAUCCACCUGCCUCAGCCUCCCAAAGUGCUGGCAUUACAGAGUCUCACUCUGUCAGCCAGGCUGGAGUGCAAUGGCAUGAUCUUGGCUCACCACAACCUCUGCCUCCUGGGUUCAAGUGAUUCUCGUGACUCAGCCACCUGAGUAGCUGCGAUUACAGAAUUGGAUUUGCAACUCAAAACCAAAGGCUCCCCACUGCUGCAAGAUAUUUCUGCAGAAAGAUCACCAAAUGGAAUACAAUUGGAGAGAAGCAAUACUGCAGAGAAACUGUAUGACUCUAACCAUUCUGGAAAAGUCUUCAGUGAACAACCAUUUCUUAUGACUCACAUGAUAACUCACAUUGGAGAGAAAACUUCUGAGGAUAAUCAGAGCAGAAAAUCCUUAAGAAAGAACUUUCCUCAUAGUUUUUACAAGAAAAGUCAUGCAGAGGGGAAAACGCCUAAGUGUGUUAAACAUGAAAAAGCCUUCAACCAGUUUCCAAAUAUUACUAGGCAGAAUAAAACUCACACACAAGAGAAAUUGUGUGAAUGCAAAGAUUGUUGGAGAACUUUUCUUAAUCAGUCAUCCCUUAAGGUUCAUAUAAGAUCUCACAAUGGAGACAAACACUAUGUAUGUAAGGAAUGUGGGAAAGCCUUCAGUAAUUCCUCACACCUUAUAGGACAUGGACAAAUUCACAGUGGAGAGAAGCCCUACGUCUGUAAAGAAUGUGGUAAAGCUUUGACUCAAUCCACAGGACUUAAAUUACACAUCAGAACUCACACUGGAGAAAAACCAUAUAAAUGUAAAGAGUGUGGGAAAGCCUUCACCCAUUCUUCAUAUCUUACUGAUCAUACAAGAAUUCAUAGUGGAAAGAAGCCCUAUAUAUGUAUGGAAUGUGGAAAAGCCUUCAGUAGAUCCACAGGACUUAUUUUACACAUGUGAAUUCACGCUGGAGAAAAGCCAUAUGAAUGUAAGGAGUGUGGAAAAGCUUUUAUUCAUUCCUCAUACCUUACAAAACAUGUAAGCAUUCACAGUGGAGAGAAGCUAUAUUUAUGUAAGGAAUGUGGGAAAGCUUUUACUCAUUCCUCAGGACUUGUUUUACACAUGAGAACACAUACUGGAGAAAAGCCCUAUGAAUGUAAAGAAUGUGGGAAAGCCUUUAAUAAUUCCUCAAUGCUUAGUCAACAUGUAAGGUUUCACACUGGAGAGAAGCCAUAUGAAUGCAAAGAAUGUGGGAAAGCUUUCACUCAAUCCUUGGGCCUUAGUACCUAUUUAAGAACUCACACUGGAGAAAAGGCCUAUGAAUGUAAGGAAUGCAGUAAAGCACUUGCUCGUUCUGCAAAUCUUAAUAUGCACAUGUGAACGCACACAGGAGAAAAGUCUUAUGCAUGUAAAGAAUGUGGGAAAGCCUUCAGGUAUUCCACGUGCCUUAAUGUUCACACACGAACUCACACUGGAGCAAAACCAUAUGAAUGUAAGAAAUGUGGGAAAAACUUCACUCAAUCUUCAGCACUUGCUAAACAUCUAAGAACUAAAGCAUGUGUUCCUCAGAUCUUAGUAUUUACAUCUAAACUCAUCUGGAAAAAAAUCAUAUGAAGGUAAAGAAUAUGAACAACCUUCACUGAAUUUCCAUAUCUUAUAGGAAUGAAUUUAACAUGGACACAAGUCCCAGUGAUAUAAGGAAUAGGCAAGAGUAGUAAUUCUUCACAUCUUAUGAAGUGUAAGAACUCACCUUUGGGAGAAAAAUCUGGUGCUAAGACAUGUGGUAAAGCCUUUGUUUCUUCCACUAUUGUUUAUUUUAUUUUAUUUUAUUUUUUUUGAGAUGGAGUCUCACUCUGUCACCCAGGCUGGAGUGCAAUGGCAUGAUCUUGGCUCACUGCAAGCUCCACCUCCCGGGUUCAAGUGAUUCUCUUGCCUCAGCCUCCAGAGUAGCUGGGACUAACAGGCGCCUGCCACCACCCCCGGCUAAUUUUUUGUAUUUUUAGUAGAGAUGGGGUUUCACCACGUUAGCCAGGAUGGUCUCGAUCUUCUGACCUCGUGAUCCACCCACCUCGGCCUCCCAAAGUGCUGGGAUUACAGGCGUGAGCCACCACGCCCGGCUAUUGUUUAUUUUUCUUUUUUUUUUUUUUGGGACAGAGUCUCUCUCUGUCACCCAGGCUGGAGUGCAGUGGCAUGACCUUGGCCCACUGCAACCUCAGCCUCCUGGGUUCAAGGAAUUCUCCCACCUCAGCCUCCUGGGUAGCUGGGACUACAGGCACGUGCCACCAUGCCCAGCUAAUUUUUUGUAUUUUUAGUAGAGACAGGGUUUCACCAUGUUAGCCAGGAUGGUCUCCAUCUCCUGAUCUCAUGAUCUGCCUGCCUUGGCCUCCCAAAGUGCUGGGAUUACAGGCUUGAGCCACCACACCCAGCAUAUUAUUUAUUUUUCAUACCAAAAAUUACUGUAAAAGCCAAUUGAAGGUAAGAAUGAGAGAUAGCCUUAAAAUACUUCACAAACCUUCAUAGCACUUCAUAAUCAACACUGGAGAAAAACCCUCUGUAUGUAAGGAAUGUGAUAAAACAUUUACUUAGUGUUCAGGACUUAGUAUCCACAUGAGAAUUCACAGUGGUAUAAAACCCUACAAAUGUAAAGGCUGCAAGAUCUUCACUUAUACCUUUUAAUAGCUCAACAUCAAAGAACUCACAGUGGGCAGAUAGCCUAUAUAUGUAAGAAAUCUGGGACAGCCUUCAGAAAUUUCUGACAGUUUCAGGUAUAAGAAACCUCAUCAAUUUAGGAUAUGUUAAGAAUUCUUCCAGUGUUACUAAGUCAGUCAACGUGCAUUGGAGAGAAACCCUAUGAAGGUAAGAUGUGGGAAGUCUUUACUUCUGCCUCAUGUGUUAAUAUUUGGUAAUCUCAAAGAGGCCAGAAACAUUAUGAAUGUUAGAAAUAUGGGAAUGUCUUUAUAUAUAUAUAUACACACACACAUAUAUGCACACACACACACAUACACACAUGUGUAUUAUUUCAUCCUUUAAUAUAAAUGAUAAUUCAUACUGGAGAGAAAUCUUGAUAAUAUAGAAUGAGGGAAAUGUUGCAUCCAUUUUACAAGUCUUACUAUACUUGUGAAAACCCACACUGCAAAGAAGCUAUAUGAAUGUGAAAAUAUGAGAAUAUGCUGGACGUGGUGACUCAUGCUUGUAAUCCCAGCACUUUAGGAGGCCGAGGUGGGCAGAUCAUUUGAGGUCAGGAGUUUGAGACCAGCCCGCCAACAUGGUUAAACCCCAUCUCUACUAAAAAUACAAAAAUUAGCCAAGUAUGGUGGUGGCUGACUUUAAUCCCAACUACUUGGGAGGCUGAGGCAGGAGAAUUGUGUGAACCCAGGAGACAGAAGUUGCAGUGAGCCAAGAUUGCACCACUGCACUCCAGCCUGGAUGACAGAGCAAAACUCCAUCUCAAAAAAAACAAAAAAACAAAAAACUGGUAAUACUUUUAGCAGUACAUAUUCCUUAAGUGCCUCUGAAAAUACUCACUGGAAGAAUAAACUAUGAAUCUGAGGAGUUAUGGGAAGCUUUCAGGUAUAUUGUUAUGGUAUGCAAGAUCAUACUGGAGGAGAAAUUGAAAUAAAUGACAUGAAAAUGAGAUUGCCUUUCUAUGUGUCUUACUGUCCAUGACGACUUGUCAUGGACAGUAAAUUUUCUGUGGUUGAAAAGUUUAAUUGCUUUUAAAAUUCCCCCUAAGUAGAAUUUUUUCUAUAUUUUAGUAAGAACAGCAUGUGAGAGGAGUGAGGACUGGAUAGUGGACUGUACAGUGGAUGUUAGGAUGUUAUAUUUAAUCCCCAUGGUCACCAGGCCAUGCCUAUAAUUCCAGCACUUCGGGAGGCCGAGGUGGGUGGGUCACAAGGUCAAGAGAUUGAGACCAGCCUGGCUAACAUGGUGAAACCCCGUCUCUACUAAAAAUACAAAAAUUAGCUUGGUGUGGUGGUGCAUGCCUGUAGUCCCAGCUACUUGAGAGGCUGAGGCAGGAGGAUUGCUUGAACAUAGGAGGUGGAGGUUGCAGUGACUCGAGAUCGCACCAUUGGACUCCAGCCUGGACAAUAAGAGUCAUACUCCAUCUUAAAAAAAGAAAAAAAAAUCCCCAUGGUAACUACGUAUAAAAUAUCAAUGGAAUAUACACAAAAUGGGAAGAAGAAAAGAUGUCACUAAAAAAACAAAUCAAUAAAAAAGGCAGUAAUGUAGGAAAUGAGGGACCAAAAAACUGUAAGACAUACAGAAAAAGAGUAACAAAGUGGCAAAAUGAGUCUUUUUUAUUGGUAAUUAUAUGAAGGGUAAAUGGGAUAACUUCUCCAAUCUAAUGGCAUAAUUUGGCAAAAUGGAUUAAAAUACACAAUCCAACUGUAUGUUGCCCUUUGCUUUUUUUUUUUUUUUUUAAGACAGGGUCUCGCUCUGUCGCCCAGGCUGGAGUGCAAUAGCAAGAUCCCGGCUCACUGCAACCUUCACCUCCUGGCUUCCAGAAAUUCUCUCUGCCUCAGCCUCCUGAGUAGAUGGGAUUACAGGCACCCACCACCAUGCCCAGCUAAUUUUUGUAGUAUUAGUAGAGACAGGGUUUUGCCAUGUUGACCAGGCUGUCUCAAAUUCCUGACUUCACGUGAUCUGCUCACCUCGGCCUUCCAAAGUGCUGGGAUUACAGGCAUGAGCCAUCACGCCUGGCCAUCCUUCGCUUUAGAUCUAAAGACAAAAAAGGUUGAAAGUUAAGUAAUGGAAAAAGAUAAUUCCAUGUAAAUAGUAACAUAAAGAGAAUUUGGCUGGAUAUACUAAUAUCAGAAAAGUAAACGAAGUCAAAAACGGAUAGAAGAGACAGUGAAUGACAGUAUAUACUGAUAGAAGGUAAAAUUCACCAAGAAGAUAAAAAAUUAUAUGUAUCAAACAUCAGAGCUUAAAAUACAUGAAGUAAAUAUUGGCAAAAUUAAAGGGAAAAAUAGAUAAUUCUGCAUAACAAUUGGAGACCUUAUUAUACCACUUUCAGUUUAAUAGGUAGAACAGCCACCAUAAUAUCAGGAAGGAAACAGGAGAAGUACUAUAUAACAGUUGGCACAACCCACCCCACAACAGAAGAGAACACAUUUUUCUCAAGCAUAUGUGGAAUAGUUUCCAGGAGAAACCAUAUGUUAGGCCACAAAACAAAUCUUAAUGAAAUGUAAAAGACUGAAACACAAAGUACCAUUUCAAGUCACAUAGAAUGAAACAAGAAAUGAAAAACAAGGAAAACUGGAAAAUUCAAAAAUACAUUUUAUUGUAAGCAACACACUCCUGAUCUAUCAGUGGGUGAAGCAAGAAUUCACAAGGUAAAUUAGAAAACAUCUUGAGACAAAUGAAAACAAAGACAUGGCAUACCAAAAUUUAUGAGAUGUUGCUGUGGUCUAAAUUUUAUCUCCUCGGCUGGGCAUGAUGGCUCAUGCCUGUAAUCCCAGCACUUUGGGAGGCCAAGGUGGGUGGAUCACAAGGUCAGGAGAUUGAAA